GUCAAGAAGAUGCAUUUCGUUUUUUAUCAGUGAUUCAUUGGGUAGGGAAUGGUCCCCUGCGUGCCAAAUGAUACACGAAAGAUGCCUUCCGCAAGUCUAGAUGAAAUUCAGGUUAUGGAAGUUUCUCGAUCGAAUUUCAACACAAUUUGGCCUUACCUGUUGGUUUCUUUGAAAAGUGCAGACUUCAUAGCUCUGGAUCUGGAACUCUCCGGUCUGGGGUCGCGAACAGCAAGUGUCGCAAAAAAUAUUGAAGAUCGGUAUGCAGCGUUACGCGAAGCUGCAAAAACUAGAGCGAUCUUAUCACUUGGUCUGGCUUUUUUAAAAAAGGCUGGACAAAAUGAGACAAAGAGACGGGUCAAGUUCAACUGCCAGGUUUUCAACAUUCUCUGCGUUUGUGCAGAGCCGUUUACUGUAGAACCGGAGGCUCUCGAAUUUCUCGCUAAGCAUUCAUUCGAUUUCAAUCGAUUAAUUGAUUCGGGUGUACGGUAUUAUCCUAGUACAGUAGCCAAGGCAUGUCCUCUCAGGUCGCUUAUUACAGAAAUACUAUCUACGGGUACACCAUUGAUUUUGCAUAACGGUUUGGUUGAUCUUGCUUUCAUCUAUCAUCAUUUCUAUUCUCCUAUUCCUGAUAGUUACGGUGAAUUUUGCAAUGCUCUUGCCGAUCUCUUUCCUCUUGAUUCUCCCGUGUGUGACACAAAAUAUCUGGCUGAAUAUCAGACACGUAUGACUGGCUCCUUUUUGGAAUAUGUAUUUCGAAAAUGUCAAGGCGAUAACGUUCGCGAAGCAUUGGCAUCUCGCUGGCAUCUAAAAAUUGCCUUUGAUGACACUUCAUCAAUGAUGGCACCUCUUCGGGACGCAUGUGAAAAAGUAAACUGCCAACUCCCACCGGGUUUUCCAGAACAUCUUGUUCCCUACGAUCUCAAAGGAAAAGUGUGCGAACAAUUUUCUAACCAUGGUUUCUGUCGAAAACAAAGACAAGGGCAAUGCGAUCUUUUGCAUGAUGUUGAUUAUGCUAUAGAUCUCGAAAAUGAAAAAUUAGAGAGAAACAGGAAGAAAAGGAAAAGGAGGUAUGAUUAUUUGAAACCCGACAGCAUGCUUGAAAAGGAGAGAUUAGAAGAAGAUGAAAAAGAGUCACGCAAAGGAAAAGUUUCCGUCGAAGAGGUGAAGAAAAACAAACCAAAAAUAGCUAUAACAGGCUGUCAUCGAGCUGGAGUGGAUGCAUUUAUGACAGGAUAUGCAGCUUUGUUUCAAAGUCGCUUGAGCAUAUGCCGAGAUGGAAAAUUGGAUGAUCAGCAUCUGAACCGGAUAUCCCUAUCCGGUAAGGCGGAACCAUUCGUCAUACAACGGACGCAGUUUGCUGGAAGCUGUUCAAAACACGAGAAUCGUUUUGCUUCAAUCAAAUCGGCUCGACUAAAAUCUGCGUUGCAAAAAGAAGCAAUGAACACUUGAUUAAAAAACAGUUUGAAAUUAUGCCAAUACAUGAGCUUGUUGUUUUUCAUAAUUUUGUAAAUUUGUUGUGCAGUUUAGCGAUCUCUACAUUGGCAAUAAAUUUGUACGGGAUUGAUAAAUGAAAUAUUCUCGAG